CUUGACUUUCUGGCCGGCACGGUGACUCACACGUGUAAUCCUAGCACUUUGGGAAGCUGAGGCGGGUAGAUCACCUGAAGUCAAGAGUUUGAGACCAGCCUGGCCAACAUGGUGAAACCCUACCUCUACUAAAAAUACAAAAAUUUGCCAGGCGUGGUGGCAGGUGCCUGUAAUCCCAUCUACUCAGGAGGCUCAGGCAGGAGAAUCUCUUGAACCUGGGAGGCGGAGUUUACAGUGAGCUGAGGUCACGCCAUUGCACUCCAGCCUGGGUGAAAGAGCGAAACUGUCUCAAAAACAAAAAGACUCGACUUUCUAAUGAUGGUGUGAAAAAAUGCAGUGAAAUCAGAAGUAUGAGUUUCCUGUGUGUCCAUGUCUACUUAUCCUUUCCAUCCAUCUUUAAUCUCAGCUGCUGGAAUUUAUUUUCCUUUCAGAAGGACCGUCCUCAUCAUCUUUCCUAGGCGAUUGAAAAUAAAUUGCUCUCUGGACUGGUUGAUGGUUUCAGUUGUCCCACUUGAAGAAAGCAGAAAUCUGUAUAUAUUUGCAGAUGAGUUACAUCUGGGAAUGGGCUGUCCUGCAAAUCGGAUACAAACAUAUGUAUAUGAGUUUAUAUAUCUUGUUCAUGAUUGUGGCAUCAGGACAAGGGUAAUUUCUGAGGAAACGCUCCUUUUUCAAACGGAGCUGUACUUUAUCCCAAGGAAUAUACAUCAUGACCCUGAGGAAAUCUCUUUGGAGUGUUCUGCCUCUAGGAAAUCAGUGUGGCUUACCCCAGUUUCUACUGAGAAUGACCUAAAAUUGGAUCCUAGUCCUUUUACUGCUGACUUUCAGGCAACACCAGAAGAGUUAGGAUUAUUAUCUUCUAUCAAAUUGCUCUCAGCUAAAGGAGAAAUGGAAACUUGAAGGUGGCGUUAUAUAUUUGGGAGGAAAACAGUUUUGUUUUUUCAUAGCAAAAAUACAGUUGCUAUAUCUCUCUCCUGAAGUCUCUGGUUUCUAAAAACCCUACUUCAGUAAAGGUCCUGAUUAGUUAAGUGAAUGUGUAUUUCUAAAUAUUUGUAUUCAAUAGGGGUAUGGCUUAUUAAUUUAAUGUUAACUAUUAGGUAAUUCAUAUUAUACAUUUAUUUAAGUUUUUUUCUGUUCUCUAUAGAAGAUUCAGCAAUACGUCUUCAAUGAUAAUGACUUGAUUUGAUUGAUAUAAACCCCCAAUAAAUAUGUUCUAAUAUUUUUCAGGAAGAAUAAAGAACAGAGACAGACAUAAAAAUGUGCAAGACGAAAAACUUUGAGCCUAGUGUAUAAUUUGACGUAUUAACUAUCACAAAAGGCAAAAUCCUUUUAUGUGCAGAUACCUUAAUUCACGUAGACUUUCCUAUUAAUCAGUAAAGUUGAAUCCUAACCAUAAUGGAAUGUGACAACCUAUUUAGAUUAUUCCAGAGGUGAAUUCAGUUUAUUUUCUAACCACUACGUUAGCUGAAAUUUCAUGUUAGGUUUUCCUUUCUCCUCAGUAUGGUCCUUUCACACUCAAAAAUGAUUGAUUGGUUGAGUUGGUCAAGCAAAGACUUAUCCUGACACCUAAGGGAAUUCAUUAAAUAAUCAUUACCACCUACUUUAUACUCUCUUCUUUCCCUUAAACAUGGAGUCUAUAUAUGUAAUCUAUCAAAAAACACUUCUGAUUUUUGUAGAUUUCUUAUAUCGAGGGUGAGAAUUGAACUGUGCCACUGGCUGUUCAAUCGCUUAUUGAAUCUACGUUUUGAUGCCACAUUCUCCUGGAAACAAAUUUUGCCCAGAUACUAUUUAUUAUUAUUUUUAAUUAAGGUGGUGCUAUUCCAUUUCCAACAAAAUGCUGCUGUAGUUGUUUACUUGUCAAAGAAUUUGACACUGCCAUAGUGGGCAGUUAACAUGCAGCUAAGAGGUAAUACUCCUAUGGGGCUUCCUAAGUGUCAGAAUACGGUACAAGUACAUUACAAUAAGUUCCUUAACCUUAAAGGGGAAACUGUAUCACUAUUAUCCCAAUUUUGCAGAUAAGCAGACAAACACAGGUUAAAUCAUUUGCCUGAGUCUGACAACUUGUUGGUGUUUCUUCAAGAUUUAAAAUCAGGCAGUCUGCCUCUACGCUUUCUCUUUGUACAUUAGCAACUCUACUCUACUGCUUGUAAUUCUUAAGUUGCUGAACUUUAGUGCUCUAGAAAACAAUUGAUAUUGAAGCAGUUACAUAACUCUCAAUAAAACUUAACGUUUAGCAA